UUUCUUGGAGGAGAGAAGCAAAGUAGGCCGUGAAGAGCACUGCCAACAUUGAGUCGAUAGCAAUCGUAGAGUACGGUACGUUUCGCGCUUGCUUCACUUUUUUGACUCUACUGUUAAAAAAUUUCGCUGAAACGUUUUUUUUUAAAUAAAAUCUGGAUCUUGUCGAUGGAUACAAACUUUGUUUAAACAUUUGUGCAAUUUGUGCUAAACAAUAUGGUUCUAUUACGGAAAACUGACAUGAAAGACACGAUGCCACAAACCGUUCCUUCUGCCGGGUUCACCCCACCAUGUGACUAUACGAAUUUCGCUGAAAGUUUCGAUUUGUCCCUUCUCCCCGGUGGUGAACAAGUCGAGUUCACACAGUCGCCGCCACCGUCGGAAAAGCCCCAACCGAAAAUCUACACCACGUUCUACCCUAACUCGCCUGAGAACGAUUUUCGUCCAGAUUUCCAGACUUUGUUAGUACCAGACGCCGAGAAACCCCAGACGAACGUUUUCCUGGAAGUACCACCAAUCCUAUCGCCGAAUUCCUACCGCCAAUCGAGCGAAGCUAACUUCUACCCCAGUUCGCCGGAGUUGUCUCUUUACACACCCUCCCCGAAUUCCCUCUACUCCCAAUCACCAGUCGAUGAUUUUUUCCAAUACGUCAAAAAAGAAGCUUACCCGCCAUCUCCGUACAAUUACAGAGUCAAAGAGGAGAAUUUCCUGUCCCCUUGUGGCUUUUCAUCGCCGACCAGUCCUGCCACCAGCUACUCCAGUUUGUCGUCACCAGAACAAAUAAACACUCAACAAUCGGAGAACACCGACGUAUUGGAGUUACUGGAAAACACCGUCUUGGAUAAACAAAUCAAGCAAGAGAGUACAGUCGAUUUUGGUAACCUCUUGAGUACUUUCCAAGAUUCAGAAAGCUUGAGACGUUUGCUGGAACACGACUUUAAAGAAGCCCAACCCCAGACGGUACCUUCCAAACCGAAAGAUCAUCAACUGUUGAGAGAAGUUUUGAGGGAUACCAGCUUUCAGAAGAAAUAUAAUAUCAAACCGAUCGAUUUUGGAUUUAUCGGUGAUAUUAAAAUGGAAGAACCGGAUGAAAACGCUCAGAGAGACCUGAUGAGGGAAAACAUCGAGCCUGUUUUAAGUCUAGCGAUCGAACAGAUGAGGAAAGAUGUAGAUACGACAUGUGCCGCGCUUGGUAUAUCUCCCGAUCCCACGCAAUGGAGCGCUGCAGAUGUGUUGUCUUGGUUGCAGUGGACAUCCAGACAGUUCGGUUUAACCGAACCGGUUCCAGAUCACUGGGACAUGAACGGCUCGAGUUUGGCCGCCUUGUCCGAGGAAGACUUUUCAAGACGCGCACCUCAGGGAGGAAUGAUUCUUCAUGCACAGCUUGAAAUAUGGAAAGCUGCAUGUUCUGAUGAAGAUUUAAGUAUGAAAUGGCAGCCUGAAACUACUUCCAGUAAUGCCUCAAGUGGAGACAUGUCGGAUGAAGACGACGACGAAGCGUCUUCGUCGCAGACAGAUCCAAGUCGGCCUACGACCUCGCGAUCGGGGGGUUCGCACAUCCACUUGUGGCAGUUCUUGAAGGAACUGUUGGCUUCGCCACAAACUUACGGCUCUUGCAUUCGGUGGUUGGAUCGCACGAAGGGGAUUUUCAAGAUUGAGGAUUCCGUCAAAGUGGCCAGGUUGUGGGGGAAGAGGAAGAAUCGGCCAGCGAUGAACUACGAUAAGUUGAGCAGGUCGAUAAGACAGUAUUACAAAAAGGGAAUUAUGAAGAAAACAGAGCGGUCGCAAAGACUCGUCUACCAGUUUUGCCACCCUUACAACUUGUAGUUGUACAUUAUUUAUUUAUUUUUAUUUUACUUAGGGGUUUACGUCGGGCUGGUGUGGGUUUUCGUUGGCGUUUUGAAGUUAUCAAAAUGCAAAUGAAUUUUUGGCCAUUUCGUAGGGUAUUACUACGAAAUUUUUAAAUUUGUAAAUAUUUAUUCAAAGGAAGGUAAUUUCCAAAUAUUUCGAUAUAAUUUAAGUAAAAUAUUUGCCGAUAAGUAGAAAUUUUGUGGAGAGUUUACUGGUGUUCAAUCUUUGUGACAGUUUGGUGCUCGAGCUUAUGCUUUUGAGCUCAUUAGUCACUUAAGGUUAACAUUGGUCUUCCAAAAUUUCGAAAUUCGGUGAUUUUGGUCCCAUAUAUCUAUGAUAUAUUAAGUAAGUAAGUUCUAUGAACACAAUUAUACUUUUUAAGAUUUAAUAAAAUACUCAUGGACAUAUCCAGAUUCGCACACAGUGUACAGUAAGUGCUAUAGCUGUGGCUAAGAUAAAUAUAAUACAUGUUAAUCUUAAUUUAUUGUUAUUUGUUUAACAAAUGUCUUUUAUUGUAUGUUAUUUUUAGACGUUGAUAGCUUUAAGCAGUUAUUGCUUGUAUAAAUAUAUUUUUAAUAAAAUUUAUUUCUAUUA